GUUCUUUCGAGUUCUCUCUCCGUUGAGAGACUGCAAGGAGCAGAGGUGGUUUCUACUCACCUGAAGAUUUCAUAUGGCAGUCGCCGUGCUGAGUUGUUCAGCGACGGGUAUCUCGUAAUCAUUUUGUGAUUCACAGAAUUACCGCGAGAUCUCAGUUGAACUCUCGUUCUAUUCUGCAUAUUGUUUUAUCAUGUUGGAUUUUUAUUUAUUUAUUUGUUUUUACACUCACAAUAUUGAAUCGUUUGAGAUAAACGCGUUUUGUACGCACUGGCUAUAUUGGGCAUCGAUAUGGAAUUAUUCUACAGAUAAUUGAUUUUCGUUUAUAACGUCAAGAACUUAAAUAACAAUUCUUGAUCAUUUCGUCAUAUGGAUCAUACGCAUAUUAAGGAAAUCAGUGUUUUUAAAGUGAAACGUGAAUCAACAAAAUGGAAUCGUAUCUUAAUUGACGUCAUUUAACAAACACAUUUCUGCUAAUGAAACAUAUUAUUAUGGAAAGAAACUGGAAUACAUGGUGAUUUUUCAAACUGUUUUAAAUCGAUUGAAAAAUAUAAAAAUUAGUGUGUUACCGUAAAAAAAAUUGGAGCAUGAUGGGAGAAGUGAUCCGGGUUUCUGGACGUGCACCGGAUGUUGGAGAAUUUCUAAAGGAAGCGAUGCUGUCUCAAAGAUUUGCCGAUGUGGCUCUCUGUUGUCCUGGUGGACAAAAAUUCUUGGCACAUCGUUUGGUUCUUUCAGCUGCAAGUCCUUAUUUACAGGAGGUGUUGCUCGCGCACAGCAAAACGUCGACCCACUGCGAGCCCAUCACGGUGAUCCUUGCCGGGGUGGAGGCCCCGGAAUUGGCGGCCAUCCUCGGCUUCGUGUACACGGGAAGCGCGACGGUCCCUCGCCCUCGUCUCGACGCGUUCCUCCACGCCGCCGAGGCCCUCCACAUCGCGCUUCCUCCCGUCCCCCUCGUAAUGACGUGCGCGCAAUCCGACUGCAAGCAGGAAGACAUCAAGGACGUGAAGAUCGACCCCAAGUACCUUCGCUCAACCUGCGAUCAGUAUCCGUGCUGCGACCGUUGCUACCGUCCCCGUUCCUAUAUAAAUCAAGACGGAGAUGGCCCCGCGGGCAAACAGGAGGGACCCUAUCCCACUACGAUCGAGCCCUUGGCAGAAACCGCGGCAGAAAUCAGACCGCUUCCUGAAUCGAUGAACUUUGCCGGAUCGAGAUACGGGCCGAGUAAAUAUCGCUCUACAACCUCCUCGUGGCCCGUUCCUCCUUUCGCGAGGGAAAAGAUGGUCCACGGCGUAGAUCAGCAUUUGGAUAAGGAGAGGACGAGCGAGGCGGACGUGGCGCGGUAUCGUCCCAUCUCCGUGGUGGCGAGGAUCGAUAGGGUUGCCGACGUCCCCACCGGGAUUCCUCGCCACUGGGAAAAUCAUUUUAACUCCGAUUUUCCGGAGAAGACCCGCGGCGAGUUGUUUUCGACGGGGGCCUACGAGCCUGCUCCUCGCGAUGGGGGGUUGGAGUUGCCUCCAACGCUCGAGGCGAGGAUGAAGAGCUCUCGCCUCGCGGACGAGGAGGAAGACGCACCGGGAAAUGAUUCGUGCGGUGAUUGCAAUUCGGAGAAGAUCAUCCCCGAGGAUCGUCUUAGCGUGAUCCGUUCCCGGAUCGGCCCCGUACAGAGUAAAACCGUAUCCUUAUCGGAGUUUGCCAGAAACUCGUACGAAAGAACGGAUUUCGGCGAGGAUUUGACGUGUCGCGAGAGUUGUUUCGUCCGGAGAUCACCGAAGAGACAAGUGGCGAACAGGGUGAUAGCUUCGCCAUGGAAACAGACUGUUAAGCCUUAUCAUUUGCCGAAAAUGCAGCCGAUGGCGUUUCUUCAGCCUCAUGUCGAGAACGUUAGAAGCGAGGAAAAUCUACGUGUGCUGGAAACUACGCGAUCUUCUGUGAUCUCUACCAGUCCUAAUCGACAGUUCUCUAAAAACUCUGCGGAUCAUUAUUAUGGUGUUGAAGUUCCUACUACUCACGAGGUCACGUAUCAUAAUGGUAGCAAAUUAUUGGAAGCAAAUUCUACCUCGAUAUCGAGACCUCAAGAGUUUUAUUCCCCUCAAAUCCCUUCGUCGACGAUUACGCAAAUGAUUACAUCGAUGAACAAUGAUAUUAUAAACAGCGAGACGAUAUUACAAUCUCAAAAUAAUAUAAUUUCUACAACGAGAACGUUGCCGUGUCCUAUGGAGAAUAGUCAGAUAAAUAUCAAUAAAAAGGGUGGUUAUUUCGGGCAAACGCUAGUUCAAUCGCAGCAGAAGCCGGAAAUCUCUCAUCCUGUUAGCAGAUUAUGCGAUACGAUCGAGUCGACCGGUAAAAUCGAUCAUUUUACAAACCUAGAAGCUGAGAAUUCGGAGAAAGAGGCGAGGAUCGACGAUAACCUCGUAGAGAGAGUCAUUAUCAACAGUGAUAAGAACAAUAAUGAUGCCAUCGUUAGUCAGGAUGCUGUUCGGGGAAAAGGAGCGCAGGAGAAUCAUAGGUGCGAUCAGUGUGGCAAGACUUUCGUUACCAAAGCCUCUCUAAAGGUGCACGUUAGAACGCACUCAGGAGAAAAACCUUUUCGUUGUACCGACUGUGGUAAACAAUUUUCACAACUACGAAAUUACAAGUACCACCGAAGCGUACAUGAGGGCACUAGGGAAUUCGCAGCGACCUGUCCAGAAUGCGGCAAAUAUUUCAACGACCGUGGCUAUCUAAGUUCGCAUAUGAAGAUCCAUCGUAACCGAAAAGAAUAUGGGUGCGCGGAAUGCGGUAAAAGCUUUAAUCAGCGAGUCGCUUACAAUAUGCAUGUUAGAAUCCAUACUGGAGUAAAACCGCAUCAAUGUGAACAAUGUGGAAAAGCAUUUUCUAGGAAAAUGUUGUUAAAGCAACAUCUUAGAACGCAUUCCGGGGAACGGCCUUAUCAGUGUCAAGUUUGUCAAAAAGCUUUCGCGGAUAGAUCGAAUAUGACGUUACACACGAGAUUACAUUCUGGAUUAAAACCGUAUCAAUGUACAUUAUGUUCUAAAGCGUUCACGAAGAAACAUCAUCUAAAAACUCAUCUUAAUUAUCAUACAGGGACAAAACCUUAUUCUUGUCCAAAUUGUGGAUUAAGAUUUUCUCAAAGUAGUAAUAUGAGGACUCAUUUCAAAAAGUGUACCGUAAAUAAUCUGAUGGAAACGAAAAGUUCACAAUUGGAAGGUACUGUGAGAGACUCGUCUAAGACUGUACAAGCACGGAUAAUCUCUAGAACACCUACUGAUACAUUAACACCACCAAAUUCGGAUCAAGAAUUAAGUAUUUUAACACCGAUUUCUAAAAAUAACGGAAUAGAAGGGAAUGGAUUGUAACGAUAGCAUGUUACUAAACCGUCUAAACCGUGAUUGUUAAGUGAUUCGAAGAGAUAUUUUAGCAGUAGUUAGAUAAAGAAAUAACAAGUACAUAUAUUCUUCGACUCGAUGAAAUCAAUCUGUGUGACAAAUUGAAGAAAUGAAAUACACGUCGCGGUUAUGAAUCAGACUUGUAUCAUGAAAUUUAGAUUCUCUAUAGGAUUGACAAUCGCAUAAAAUGUGUAACUGGUUUUUAUAACCAACGAAGCAACCAUUGUACAAAGAUGCUUUUUGCCCGGUGUUUUCAAGAUAAGUGGUUAAAACGAUAAUGCUUGAUGAGGCAAUUCAAUGAAUAAAUCGAUCGAAUUGCUACAGCCUGCAAAUGUAAUCGAACGAUAGAAAGUAUUAGAUUCGUUUGAAAGUAGCACUGUCAAUUGGUAAUCCGAGAGUUACCAUAACAGUACGAACGACCGCCUUUUCCUAGAAAUCGUUGUUUUACGGUAAGACAUAUCGAUUUAACCUGUAAAUCAUUACAUCAGAUCCUGAAUUCCUUUUUUUCAUGUUAUUUUCCUUUUUCUUUUUAUCUCUCUUUCUGUUCAAAACAUAUCAUCCACGUUAUUAACUUAUAAUUGAAAGAAUUACAAAUCUUUGUAUAAUUAUUGUAAUUGCGAGAAAAAAAUCACGCAAAAAAUUGAUGACGAUACACAAAAAAAUGAUUUCUUAUCUUCCACAUGCGUGUAUGAUGAAUAUCGAUAAGGUUUCAAAAUUGCUUGAAAAAUGAGAUUUAAUGAGAAAGGUUUGUGACAUUUUGUAUUUUAAUCUGUUAUAUAUGAACUCCCAUUUUUUUGUAAUAUAUACAUAAGGAUGUAUAUUUCUUGUAUAAAAAAAUACGCAACAAUAAAAUUGAAUUUGCGAACGAUGAA